UACUUCCAAGUUUGAUAGAGCUAGUGAUCAAGAGAUGGAGAGUAAUCAACAUGGAGACUUUGGUCUAGGAAGUGGAAGAUCACCUAGCUCUUCUUCAAAGAAAAAGAAGAAGAAUAGCGUAGAAAAGGCGCUGAGGCAACCUCAAAGAGGACUUGGAGUGGCUCAACUUGAAAAGAUUAGAAUUCAGAGUCAGAUGAUGGCCAGUUAUAAUCUCCAAUUGCUUCAUCAUCCCUUUCAUAGUAAUCUAACCAUGGAGGAGGACAUGAAAAUACCUUUAACCUUUCCAUUGUCUUCUUCCUCUUCAUCCCCGUUUAAUGGUGCAUCAUCAAGUUCAGUUUUAAGCGUUCAUCCGAAUUUCAUGAUGGGAUGUGGAGACAAUCUAGUCAGUGUAGAUAAGAGAUUUGGAGACAUAGAGUAUACUCAAGCUAGGUUUUCAGCACAAGAUCAUGAGAUCACUAGUAGAAUCCCACAGAUAGAUAAUCAUCUUCAGGCUGUAACUCACCCAGCACUCAUGGAGGAUUCAGUGCUGCAGCGAAGAAUUCAUCAGCAGCACAGCUAUUUGGCAGGAUCAUUAAGCCAAGUCUCAGAUUAUGACGAGUCGCAAGAACUAGAUUUGGAGCUCAGAUUAUGAAGGAACAUGCAAGAAACAUAUAUGGUCUUUAAUUUGGAAACAAUUAAUGAUGAGUUUGCUCCUAAUUACUUUUACAGAUAGUUUAU